AGUCAUUCUGCUAGUCAAUCCAUAGUCAUCGGCUUCUUCUCGUUCGACUUUCUUUCUCAUCUUUAUAAAUCGUUAAUUGCAAUUUUCUUGAUUCCGCCUAUAACAGAUUUUGCUUGUUGGAGACUGGGUUAGAUUUCUUUCUUUCCUCUGGCUUCUGGGUUCUCGAAAGAGUUCGUUUGAAUGAUUGUUCGACAGGGUUUCAUGCUUUUUCGAAAAAGAAAAAUUAUCAGCGCACUGAUUACGCCGCUGCCAUGGCGUGGCGGAGAUGGGGGUUAUCUCUUACUUGUUUUUCCUCUGCAUCUUGCGAUACAGCUCGUAUAAUCAUCCGUGUUGUGUUGCAAGAUGCAGGGAAAUGCAAGUUAGAAACGCAUACGCAUCCCAGAAGUUAAAAGGUAAAAGGAAAGAUGUCAAAAUUUUCUCAUUUUUCAAACAUUUUCAGGUAUAUUUAAAUUUAUAGCAUUGUUUUUCUAGACUGCUUAUUUGUAUAUGGUUUUGGUAAUUUACUUUUGCUUUAAAAAAAAAAAUUAUGUGAGAUAUUGCAGAACACCUCUUUGGGGUUUCAUAAUACCAUUAUUGUGAGUUUUAGACCAUUUAUUUACCUGUUAACGUUUAUGAGUCUGUUAGGUGUUUCUUUGUGUGUAUAUGAGUCUUUAUGUUGAGGCCACUUGACCUUGAAGAAGGGAAAUUUUCUUGAUCAAAGGUUAUUCUAGUAUACUUGGUAGAUCUUUUAUGCGUCUUUAAUUGGGAAUUAUGGCCUAUAAAUAUCUGAGCAUGGU